AUGGUUCUAUGUCUGAGGUUUACUCGAUCUCUCAGAGCCUUGUUUGAAUCGCUAAUACUACUACUUUUUUUAUUCAACCCCACAGAAUGUCAUGCCCUUGGUGUUGGUAUUGGUGUUGAUGCAGCGACUACUACUGCUUCCAAAUCCAGUCUGGCUGUGCCGGAACCCACGCCCUCGGUUAUGGUAGAUAUACUUUCGUCGCAGCCACAGUUUUCUUACUUUUUGAGACACCUCCAGCGGAAAGGGAUGAUACCAGAGUUGAAUCUCAUGCAGAAUGUCACAUUGUUGGCCCCGGUGAAUCUGGCAUUUGUCGGAAUGGACGCAUCUGACGACUUGGUUCCGGGUAUGAACCAGUUGCUACGCUAUGUGGUCAACCAAACCGUCGUGAUUGGCAACUUGUCCAACGAGGAAGUUGUCUACGACUCGUUAUAUCAAGACCGACAGGGGGAUGUCUACCCUAUUCGCGUGCGGGAAGAUGGAGACGAGUAUGUUGUUGACGAAGUGGCAAGUAUAGUCGAGCCCGACUUGUAUGCCAAGCACCAAUGGUCGUACAUUCAAGGGAUUGAUCAUUUGUUGCCACUCAAGUCGAGUCUAUGUGAUGUUCUCAUGGGAGAGGAGAUCCCCGAGAUUUCGUUGGUAAACAAGAUCUUCCAACUGUUAUUUGACGACGAGGACGAGGACAACGACGACGAUGACGAUGACGACGACGAAGCUGGCAGCUUGAGGAAGAACAAGAAAAGCAAGAACAAGAAGAACAAGAAGACGAAAAAGAACCCUGGCAAGAAGCCAAAGCCUAUACCCAAGACUUGCGAUGAAUUCUUGCAUGGUGUAGGAACCAUGGUGAUACCGAGCGACUCGUUGUUGCGAAACUCGUUGGACGAAUUGCAAUUGGAGUAUUAUCUUGCCAAUGCCGAAGAAGAGUUCUUUGACAGCUCAGAAGAAGCGAUACUUGAAGUCAAAUUGGAUACUCUUGACCUUUUCAAGAAUCUCAUGUUCUCCGGGUAUAUAGACGGAGUCAAUGGGACUACAAGCAAGCUGACUUCAUUCGCUGGACGAAAACACCAGUUUAUAUACAAGGGCAAAGGUGUCGAAUUGGGCAAAAAAUUCCACUCGUCUCAAACACACGUGUUGUCAAAUGGGAUAAUCCAGAUCUUUGAUGAAGGCGAAUGGUUUUUCGAUCGCUUGGAUAUCCCCACUGCAGAGAUGAUUGCCCGCAAGGCAUUGUACGCAAAACACUAUUCCAACUUUGUUAGCGAGUUGAACUUCAGAUCGCUCGAUUAUUUGAUCGAUGGGUCCGUUGCUAAUCAAACCAUCUUGGUGGACAUCGAUCUGCGAGACGAUAUCGGCGACGAAUCUGAAAUUGAGAGCAACUCAUUCAGUUUGAAGCAGGAGUUUUUAUACCAUUUCAUUGACGGCUUGGUUGAUUUCAGACACCACGAGCAUCAUUUGGUGGAUACAAAGUUGUGUCUGAAAAAGAAGCUCGGCACUUGUUACAAGAUGAAAAUCUCGAAAUACACCGAGGGAGGUGAAGAUGAAGGUGGAGAAGGAGUCAGAGAAGUGGUCAAGGUUGGAGAUGGCAUCAAGAUAUCGGACGUUAUUUCCAUUCAGAACCACAGCCAGAUAUAUAUCGCCACCGAGGAGAUUCUGACGCCAAUGAAUUUGAAACACGCCUUGGGUGACUUGAUGUCCACGGGAGCAAUCCCGCGUCACUUGGAAGGUAUCAAAAUUGAUCGAGAAGGUUGUUUGCGCACAUUAAACUAUUUAAACACCUUUAACCUUUACUCGCUUGAUGAUAACGAAAAAGGCUAUAGCAUCUUUUUACCCUGUGGUGCUACAGAUUCCAAAAAUGCGGGAGUUUGGGAUGGUAUGGGUUUGGUUCUCAAGUAUUUGGAGAAUAACCCGCUUUUGUUCCAAGAAAUUAUCCAAGGCAUGUUCUUGGAAGACUUGAUCUACUCGAAUUUCAAAAACCAGGGCAUUUUCAAGAAUAUGAAUGGACGUGACGUUGCCAUCAGAAGCUUGAACAUCAAGAAUGAGAUCAAUCACUUGCAAUUUGAGCAGGACGAGCCGAUUUCCAUGCCACUAAACUCGGACAUUUUGUUCAACCAAGGGGUGAUCCACGUGAUCAAUGAGGUUCUCUUGCCAUCUACAUUCCAUGUUCCCAUCCAAGAGUUGAUCAAAACCACCGCUGACCCGCAACUCCCUCAAUUUGACUUUGCCAACUUGCUUGCAACGUUUCCCAAAUUGGCUAGUUUAUUGACUGGCAAAAAGCCGUUUUCGGUGUUGAUCCCCACGGCUGAAUCUUUGGAGAGCUUCAACAAAACCGCAGCCAGCGCUGAUUUGUUUGACUUUCUCUGCUUCCACUUGAUAGCCAAUGAAGAAGUGCACAAGAUUAUAGACUGCAUCAAUGGCGAAAUCAGCGACGACUUGAUCUUGACAAACUUGACCAACGGUGCACUUGUUUGUAAGCACGGACAAGGAUCCAACAAGGUCUAUUUAUCUUUUAAAAAGCUCAAUGGCACCGAAGAUGAAAAAAUCGUCCACGGCGUUUCUUACAACAAGGACCAGGAAGUUCGCAUCUUGUCCCACGGGUGCACAUCUCCCGAAUACAAAAACAAUUUCAAAAAUGCCUCGUGUGUUUUCCUUCUUGACAAGCCAUUGAACUUGGAAUGGUUUGACGAUUCCAAGAAGGAUCCAUUCUUGCAUGUGCACUUGGGCUGGGUCAGUGUCGGAAUCGGCAUCAUACUUGGCUUGACUAUAUUUGGCGCAGUCAUGCUAGGUUUGCUAAUCUGCGUUGGCCGCAGAGACAAACGCCGCCGCUCUUCGCAUGAUAACGAGAUCCCGCGCAUGGACUCUGGAUUCAUGAGCGUGCUUACCGAUGACGAUGACUACAUUCCAUACGACCGUGGAUACGAGACUGAUAUCGACUUGUUGCGGAGCGAAGCCGACGCAUUGUUGCCAAACCACGUCAAGAAGAAGAGGAAAAUCAGGCCCAUUGACUAUGGAUCUACUAAAACGGAGAAUCGCAAUGGCCCACUGUCAGCGUCGGGAAACAAAGAUCAAGUUACCCAGGCUACAUUGCCGCGGGAUAUAGGUGCUAAUGGGGUCAAGAAGACUUUGAAUAGGGAUAGGAACAUACCUGGCGUAACUCAAUUCUAA